AAUCUAUAAUUUCUCUUGUUUUUCUCAAUGAAAGCCAUCUCCAUCUCCACCUCUCUCUCUUUCUCUUUCAAUCUUUGAAUUUUAGUUGAAGAGUUCUUAUAAAAAGUUGUUAUUUUUAUUUAUCUGGGUUUUUUCUGCAAUUGUUUGAUAAAAAAAGGAAGCUUCGUUUUCGUCUUUCUUCUGGGGAUUCAGGGUUUUCUUUCUCAAGUUUGCUGAUGGCAGAACGAUCUCAUGUACCUAAGUUUGGCAAUUGGGAUGGUGAUGAGAAUGUUCCCUACACAGCUUAUUUCGACAAGGCCCGUCAGGGUCGAACCGGUGGAAAGAUUGUAAAUCCGAACGAUCCCCAAGAGAAUCCCGACUUGCAUCGUGAUUAUGUAGCUCCAACAAGAGCUCCCACUGCUUCAAAAACGAAAUCGGAACUGGAUGAACCGGUAGGACGUAGACCUGCUAGAAGGAGCAGAGAAGAAGGUGCCGAUUCUCCUGCACGUCAAGACAAUGUCAACCGUAAAGCUUCUGGGGACACUACACCGUCACGUUAUGGUCGUGAAUCCCCGAAACCAAGGGUUGGAUCUGAAAACAGCAUAGAUAGAUCACCUCUCCAUCACCAUGCACGGGCAGCUGGGAGAGGUAACACGGCAUCACCUGCAUGGGAGGGAAAGAAUUCUUAUGAUAGUAGCCAUGGCACUCCUACAAGGUCCAGAAUGAGGCCAAGUACUCGAGGCGAUGAAAGUCCUGAUGAAGGUGCUGCUGUUCCGAAAUUUGGUGACUGGGAUGAGAAUAACCCGGCAUCAGCCGAUGGUUAUACUCACAUAUUCAACAAGGUGCGAGAAGAGAGGAAAACUGGGGGUAGGGCACCAGGCACGCCUGGUGAGCAAUCUCCAUACCGCACUGCUCGGAACAGGAAGCCGGCCAACAGCAAUGCUAAGAGCUGCUGCAUUUCAUGGUGUAGGAAAUGAGAGACUGAAUUCAUGGAUUCAAUAUCUGUGUGGAAUAUUGUAAAUACAUUGAAGGGCUCCUUCGAAGAAAUAGAGUAAUUUCUGUCAAGCUGCGGUUUAUCAACACUACUUACAUGCUCGUUUUCUUUGAUGAUAAAAAUUGUAUUCUAUUUAAUGUGAGAAGCAAGAAGGCUUGUCUAGCAAUCAGAUCUUCUGUUUUCGGUUUAGUUUGAUUAGUCGACUUUAUUCGAUGUUUAAACAUGAAUUUAAUGUGAAAUACGUAUUAUAUA